CUUGAAAGCGCCCUGAAUGAGUGAUUGCCAUGGUUCGUCAUUGCCAGUUGUGUACUGAGAGCUGCCCGCGCUAAACCGCCCACAAAUCAUUUUUGGAAGCUCCGACCCCAACUCCGCGAACGUCGAUAUUGCAGCACCACCAACACCUGUAGUCACCCACAAACCGACAAAAUGGCCAACCCCCGCAUUGAAGAGCUCCCCGACGAGCCCGAGAAGAAGAACGUCCAGAUCGAGGAGGAUGAGUCCAGCGACGAGUCUGAGGGCGAGGAGGGCGAGGUCAGCGUGCCCGCGGGCUCCUCCGUCGCUGUCCACUCCCGCAACGAGAAGAAGGCUCGCAAGGCCAUCGCCAAGCUCGGCCUGAAGCACAUCGAUGGCAUCACACGCGUCACCCUCCGCCGACCGAAGAACAUCCUCUUCGUCAUCAACCAGCCCGACGUCUACAAGUCCCCUUCAAGCAACACCUGGAUCAUCUUCGGUGAGGCCAAGAUCGAGGACCUCAACUCCCAGGCUCAGGCUUCCGCCGCCCAGCAGCUUGCUCAGGCCGAGGCCGCAUCCCACGACCACGCCGGCCACGACCACGGCGACGAGGCCAGCAAGGGCAAGGGCAAGGCUGUCGAGGACAAGAAGGACGAGGAGGAGGAGGAGGAUGACGAUGAGGAGAUUGACGACUCUGGCCUUGAGGCCAAGGACAUCGAGCUCGUCAUGCAGCAGGCCAGCGUUUCGCGGAAGAAGGCCGUCAAGGCCCUCAAGGAGAACGACAACGAUAUCGUAAACUCCAUCAUGGCGCUGAGCAUAUAGGCUGCUCCAGUCUAGGUGUCUGGGUGUAAAAGGUGGAUGAUGACUUCCAAGGCAUCGCGGAGUCGAAAGACUACCCGCCUGCUCAUGUAAAAGAAUCUAUCAGCAUGAAUCUUUGCGAAAGAUCCGUGUGGCCGUCCUUGGCCCUUUCGAAAGCUUUAGUGCCCAACGAGCUGCUAUUUUGUCGACUCAUGUGAGCGAUUUGCGACUAACUCAAGUAGAAACUUGCCAGUUGCAAGACGUGGAAGACAUUAUGGGGAGUGACCAGGUAAGGACUAGCACAACUCAGCUGCAACAUGUCAUGUGUAAGUCAUUGGAUGAGAGAUUGCAUUUACCCCUUGAGGUCUUGACCCGU